CUCUCACUCCCCGUUGAUUUCUUGCUUUCUGGACACUUCCAUGCAACACACCACUCCAAGUCUUUCCUUCUCUCAGUUAUCACCCGACAUCGCUUUUGUACAAACCAUACGUUACUCAACAUGCGCAACAAUGCACAACCAACUGUGGACACAUUCCAUACACCGUACAUGGCAGCGCGAGCCCUUUCGAUACCGAUUGGAAUGGCUGCAUCACAGCAGCAAAAGAGAACACGGCAUUCGUAUUCUGCAUCUUAUGAUCAACUUCGAGUCUGCUUCUCACUGAAAUUGCUUAGUAACACUUUCCUACCUCCUAACGUUGAGAUCAAGAACCUCAUGCUGAUCGUAUGCGCCCUCGAGGACUGGGACGACGCUGAUAUGUUCUGGCUGUCAGCGGAGAUGGUCUACAAUGACACUCUUGCCUAGAAAACCAAGGAGCAGGAACAAGUGGCGCUCAAUGUUCUAGUCAAAUUGCGCAGUUACGCCGAUUAAGCCCCGGCGGACGCCAACGGGGACGACGACAACAAGAGCGGCAGCAUCAACAACUUAAUCCGAGCACACGCAUG